UUGAUUUUAAAGGGUGAAGUGAAUUUAUCAUAAGUUAUGUCGUUAUUAUUAUGGUUUAAGACGCAGCCAUGUGGUGAAGACAUAGCAAAAUAUUCUUUCUCUUUUUACAAAAAGAAUAUUGUGUGUUAUCCACGCUUCUUAACAUUUUUAGCCAAAAAAGGUUAAAAACGAAUACUAUUGAAUGAAAUAAGAAAUAUUCAAGAUAAAAUCUGAAAAUAUCAUUCUCGCAACAGUUUUUCAAAUCAUAAAGUAAGAUUCUUACACAUCUAAUAAGAAGUAAUUUAUAAUCUAACUAAAAGGUAUUCAGAAAGCAUUUCUAAUCAAAUUAUAAACGGAGUGUUCCAAAACAAAAAGAAAAAAAAUCAAAUUAUAAGCGGUAUUUUUUAUACAAUUUUAUGUCUAAAUUAUUGAUGCCUUAAGAAACGGGUAUUGAGAGAAAAUCAAGUUAGUUGCAUAACAGAAAAGAUCCUCAUUUUUCUGUGUUUAUUCACCUUCUUUUCUCUUUUUUCUCACAUUAUCUCUUUGUACAUUCUAGUUGUUUUCUUCUGCAUUCACUUUUGUCUGUUUAACCUUUUUUCUUUGGUUCGGUACUUAAACCCUAAUUAAGUUUAUCUAUUUAUUUAUUUAUUUUAAGUCGUUUCUCUUCACUCUAAGAACACAUGGACGACGAGAGCCAAACAGGUAACUUGAGGAGAAGAGCUCGACAGGUCAACGGGGAAGACGUCGACCGGCCAACGAAUAGACGUCGUCAAAAUGAACUUCAAACCGACGGCGUACAAGCUGGUGAUCACGUCGAACCCCUUCCCCUUGAACUAAGCUUGGGCUCAACAUCACACUCCUCUCAGAUCCCGCCUAUGACCACGUCGUCGCUUCCUCUAGCACCACCAUCACCUUUUGCUCUUCCUCUGACGGCGUCGUCGCUUCCUCUAGCACCAGCAUCGCCUUUUGCUCCGCCUAUGACGACGUGGCAGACACCUGGUUCUAUAGCGCAGUACUUUGCUUCGUCACAGUCUCAUUAUAUGACGUAUCCGCCCUAUUUGAGCAAUUCUAUCUACCAGAUAAGACCGUCAACACCGAUGCAGCCACCGUUCGGACAGUCGUUUAACGUCUUCCCAUCGUCAUCUUUCACCUCUCCGACAAGACCAGUCAUGAGACCAGCAGCUUCCGGGGCUGUGUCACGUCGUAGCUACAGAUCGCAGUCCAGCGUUAACCGUAAAGACGAUACGAUCCCGCCGCCGUUUCCAUGGGCGACGAAUAAACGAGGGUGGAUACAAAGCUUAGAGAAUCUCGCGUCGAAACAGAUCACCACCAUCACCGGAGAGGUGCAAUGCAAACACUGCGAGAAAGUGUAUCAGGUGAGUUACAACCUGAGGGAGAAGUUCUCGGAGGUUGAGAAUAUUUUCGUAAUGGGCAAAUGGAUUAUGAGAGAACGUGCUCCUGCGAUAUGGACAAAUCCAGAACCGGCGAGAUGCGAUCUCUGUGGCCGUGACAAGGCGGUGAAGCCGGUGAUAGCUGAACGGAAGUGUCAGAUUAAUUGGUUGUUUUUGCUUUUGGGACAAACGUUAGGUUUUUGUACGUUGGAGCAGCUCAAGAAUUUUUGUAAGCAUUCAAAGAGUCACCGGACCGGAGCUAAGAACCGUGUGCUUUAUUUGACGUACCUUGGUCUUUGCAAGAUGCUCGAGCCUAACCGUGAGCUCUUUCAACGUGAAACCGCUAGGCGGUGAGUAAGAUCGUUUGAAGAUCUUAUCAAACAAAAAAAGAUCGUUUGAAGAUAUUUGCUAGGGGUUUUAGAUGAUUUGGAUGGUUGCAUUUAGGUGGGUUUUAUUUGAAUAAUUGGGGUGAAAAAAAUGCAUAUGUUCUUCUAAUCCCUUUUGUCGUUUCUUGGUGGUGUGUUUAUUUGGACUUUGACUUAAUAUCUUAUUAAUAUAUAAAGUCUAAAAUUGCAUGGAUUACGUUUGAAAUUUUGACUUAUCUCAAAAUUUUAAAAUUAAAAUAGCGCUUUUUGUAUGUGAUUUGAAUUAGAAGAAGAUAUUCAGAAAUCGGAACCUUUUCAAAUCGAUCCAAGUCUAACGACUUUUCCGUUAUAGAUCGCAAGUUAAUCUAACUUCGGGAUAAAUCUAACUUUCAAAAGUUUAUUCAGAGAAUCACAAGUAUCAUACCAUUGAUUCUUGCAUAUCACAUCUUUUUUUGCUAAAUUAAUUGUAAAUGCCAUAUCACAUCUAUCUUAUAAAAACAAGAACAUUGUUUCAAACUUCAAAGUAACAUUGUCACUCGGUGUAAUUUAUAGAAAAAUAUAAUGUUACUAUUUUACAUCAUUUAAAUAAAUGCACAAUAUAUAUUGACAUUAUUCGACAAUUUGCUAAUAGUUUCGCAUUUCAAAGCGUGUAUCAAAAUAUGUUAUAUGAUUAAAUUGUUAACAAGAAAUUUAAGCAUAUCAAAUAUGAUUAAACUGUAGACAUCACAUACUUACAAUAAUACACAAAAUACAAAAAUAUAGUUCGAUUUGAUACAAGUAUCUUAAAAUUAUAUAAACAAUUAAUUAAAAGAAUAAAAAUAAAUAGUUUUUAGUAAUAAGUUAUUCUGCUAAAGAUGAAUCAUAAGAAAAACCUAGAUUACAUUUUACGAAUAAAUCCUCAUUCCCUAUCCCUCCCCAAAAUAAAAAAUGUUAAUGUGAAACUCCAUCAGUCUAAAAUAUAGUUAAACUAGGGUAAACCUGCUCUACGGGCAGACGAAUAAAUAAAUUAAUAGUAUAAAAUUGUUUUAAUGUUUAAUUUAUUAUAAUUAUUUAUUUUACUAUAUUUUUUUAAAAAAUAUAAUUAUAACUAUAACAAUAGGUGAAUAGAUUUUCA